AUGUCAGACUCUUCCUCGAGGCUUGACAGGCUCGCAUCGAUGCAUGGCGUGAAAGUGGUAACUUACGAGGAGCAGCACAGAAGAGUCUGGGCGGUGACGCGGACCUGGAUACCCCCACCUUCAAAUGGCUAUGUGAGUGACGGUCUUGAACGCACUCGCGCUGCCACCGGAUACGCUCCAAAGAAGAGAGAUGCCAGAAAACUUGCGUCUGACGAGCUUCUGAAGCGACUCCAGUCACUUGCUCCCCCCCAGGACCUUGACGGGCUUAUGGCCUUUUUCAUGGCCAAGACUGGUAAUACGAUGAGAUUGUUUGGUCGCAGCUUCGGUGCUGGUCAGCCGCAGGUGUGGAAGUUCUGGGUCUAUGCGAAUCACGACAAGGACUCUAUCGCUGAGUCCAGAACCGCUGAGAGAGAAGACGCGAUCAAGGAUGGUAUCAUACGAGCCUCAGUCAAAUUGGACUUCCUCCCGACCACAGUCCUCCAAGAGGAGUGGAUCAUCGAGACCAGCGACGAUGAGUCCGGGGGUGACGAAGCGGGAAGUGUUCCUGGAUCCGGGGGAAAUGUCGAUGAAGCGGGAUCUGGGGUCGUGAUCACCCCCACUGUCUACGCUGAGACCCUCGGCACGCUGCACCAAGAUACGGUGUACGACGACGAUCCCACAGAGAUGCUCUUUACGAUUAUGGCCAACUUUGCCACCGUCUCUUUCACCGCAGAGAGCCGUGGUGCGAGCUUGCCACAAGAGUGGCGAUACAGCCUCUUCAUCGGUCAGCGUAGUGACCCUGUUGCGGAAUCCAAGUGGACCACUCGUAAAGCCGCGAAGGAGCAAGUGGUCCGCGAUGCUUUCAUUUUGCUGGGCUUUGUGGCCGACCAUCGACCGGUGAUGACGGAGACUAUGAUGGGAUGGGUUCCAGUAUCACCCUCGCGGGAUAAACGGGGUCGUGCGGACUCUUAA